UUCUUACUCACCAUUCUUAAUUACAUUUGUCAAAAAUUUAUUACAUUCGGUUUUUGUUCAAUGUGAUGUAACUAGUAAAAGAGUUUCACUUUGAUGCAUGAGCAACGAAUGGAAACGUUUGAAAGGAUAAACACAAAUUUACAGCGCCACCAAUCUAAUUACUCCUACGUACGUCUUACAGUAUAUAUAGGUCGAGUCUGAGAGAGAAACAAAUCAGACGACGACGACCAUGGCUGCUCUCCAAGCUCUCUCCUCCGCCCUCGUCCUCCUGCUCCUCGCGCAGCACGCGCGCACGGCGAGGGCGAGCACGCUGGAGGACACGUGCACGCUCGUCGCCACCGGCUCCUGGGAGGCCGCGCACGACUACGACUUGUGCGUGAAGACGCUGGGGGCGGACCCGGCGAGUGCGACGGCCGACGAGCUCGGCCUCGUCGUCAUCGCGGUGAGGAUCGCCGGGGCGACCGCCAAGGCCACCGGCGACCGCAUCGCCCGGCUGCAGGCCGCCGAGACGUCGCCCCGGCGGCGGCUGGUUCUGGAACAGUGCGCUAAGGACUACGCCUUGACCGUGCGCCGGCUGGGGCGCGCCGCCAGGGAGUUGGCCGCAGGCGGGGACGAGGACAUGCUGACGGAGGCGGCCACCCUGCUGGAGCAGGUUCGUGGCACGCCGGUGCGCUGCGACAAGGCGUUCCUCUUCCGGGCCGGCGAGAGGACGCCGCUGACCGACGCAGACCACGAGCUCAACGGCGUGAGCUGGCUGGCGUUGAAAAUCUUGCGGCACUGCUUAAACAACGGGGCAAAAUGAGCGAGUAGCACGAGGCCUUCUUCUACCUCCGGAAGAAAAAUGAUCAUCUUUCCGGACAGCAAAACUUGUGAUGUGCAACAAUAUAA